AUGAGCAGAAACGUGGAUAAGGCCAACUCGGUUCUGGCCGUGUACCAGGAGGCCCAGGCCGAGCAGACUGGGGGGUACAGGGACUUUUCAAGACUGAAGAGACCCACUAGGGUAAACAGUGUUAGCAGCUUGGAGGAGGCCCGCGAGUGGAGACGCCAGUUGGUGUUGGAGAUCAAGGCCAAGAUCACACGGCUGUUCGACCGGUCGCUGAAUCUGCUGCAGAUUCGCGAGCUGAGCGACGACAUCGACGAGUUGCUGCGAGAGAAGGGCAAAUGGGACUGGAACAUACGCCAUAGGCUGGGGGGUGGCCGUGCCGAUGCCAGCGAGGACAACGGCAGGCUGUUCGGCGGCAGGGUCGUUAUGGGGACGCGGUAUUUCGGGCGGGCACUGGAGUUGCCGGAGGUCGUGGCGCUGACGGCCAGACAGCGAUUGCAAGACGAGCAACAGGCGGCCUUGAAGAACGUCGUCGACCCAGGACUGCUCCCGAGGGACACCGACUCGCCGUACUACAAGGGAGCCUCGUCGGAUGCGGAGCAAUGGCACAGAUCGUGCCAGGCCCUGACGGACUCUUUGCAAGCAAAGGCACCUGAUCAAGCAGAUUCGCAACUGGCAGCUACUUUACAGUCGCUGGAGGUGCCUACUCUGAAAGACGUCGAACACUGGCUGGUGAUGCGGAGGAAAGAAAAGUUGCUCAGACAGCUAGACUUGUGA